AUGUGUUUUGCUACACAAAUCCUCCACAUUUUGCGUAAAUCGUCUCAAUUUAUAAAACGAAUUUUAUUUCUCGCAAUCCCUACUCAUCCCUCACAACACUCCACCACCUGCAACCUCUUAGCUGUCAACAAGGAACAAAGCGGCGUCAUUUCAGUCCUGAGGACACCGUUUUUCCAGAAGCUUCCUUUGCGCGACUUGUACUGUCGGAUCUUUACGGCUCCUGAAUUGACGUCCUCGGUGGUUCCAAUCUUCGAGAGGUGGAUUAGGGAUGGCGGAACUGUUAACUACAACAGACUUCUAUCUGUUAUCAGGAAACUCAGAUCACGCAGAAGAUAUAGAAACCACCGUCGAGGUGUCGUCGUGGAUGUUGGAGAAAGGAAGAAGCAGAACAUUCCAAAGUACUUAAGAACUGGAGAAUGUUACAGCUCUCUUCUUAAUUGCUAUGCCCGGGAUGUGGAUAGAGCAGAAAGCAUCAUGGAGAAGAUGAGAGCUUUGGGUUUUGCAAGGUCGAUUUUGUCAAGAAAUGUUUUGCUUAAUCUCUACUAUCAAACACAGAACUAUGACAAAUUGGAAAAUUUGAUAUGUGAAAUGCAAGAAGAGGGUAUUAAUUUCAAUAGCUAUACAUUUGGUACCCUGAUUAGUGCUUACGCUGCCACUUCUAAAACGGAGGGAAUUGGCAAGCUUCUGGCACAGUUAGAACAUAAUCGGAUUCGGUACUGGCAUUUAGAUUGGACUGUUUAUGCUAUUGCAGCCAAUUGUUAUAGGAAACAAGGACUCUCUGAUAAAGCUUUUAAUGUCUUAAAGAAAUCAGAGAGGCUCAUAAGUCAUAACUAACAAAAAGAGGAGGGUGGCCCUUACUUUCCUUAUGCUUCGAUUUUGUUGCUUGGACGUAAAUUUGCCAUCCAAUACCUCGAGUUGUAGUGAUUAGGUUUAUAGUUACUAUGUUGAUAUUCAGCGGUUCUAUGAAGAUGUUUUCGUACUCA